CAGAGGUUGAGUCCUCUGUUUAACACUAAAGGAUUUAUCUAUUUACUGACACAGGAUGAACAAGCAGAUCUGUUUAAGCAACAUGACUGAGCCUUAAGGAUUUCUAUCCACUGUGUUAGAUCUGACCAUUAUAUUCCUGCGAUUUAUUUUAAGCAAACUACCCAAAAAGUGAUUCUAAGAGCCAGAAAAUGCUUCUCUCAGACAUUACGUUUGCUUUUCUCAUGGUCUACAUCACAUCCAUAACUGCCGUGAUUGGUUUGAUAAAGAAGAGUCGCUGUGACGUCAGCAAAUCUGUAUCUUUUGAUACAGAUUGCACCUCCUGUGCAGCAAAUUUAAAAGUAAUGUGCCCAUCAACUAAAGUAACAUCAGGAAAGGGGAAGCGAGGUUGCAGGUAUACAGUGAAUACGGGAGGAGUAACUCUAUCUCUAGUUGGAUGCCAACAAACCUGUAGGUCUCUUGUUGUAGAACGUCAGUGCUGUAAAGGAUUUUGGGGGUCAAAUUGCAAUGAAUGCCCUGGGGGAUCUGAAAAUCCAUGCACUGGACAUGGCGCCUGUUUUGACGGAAUAAAUGGAAAUGGGACUUGCGUUUGUAAUGAUGGAUUUUCUGGAGACGCCUGCGAGGACUGUAGUGAUGACAAUCUGUAUGGCCCUAACUGUUCGUCAGCUUGUGACUGUAAACAUGGAGUUUGUAACAAUGGAAUUACUGGCGAUGGAAGCUGUAUUUGUACAGCUGGCUUCACUGGGCCACAAUGUGAUCAAGAAGACCCACCUUGUAAAACAUUAAACUGUGGGUAUUCUUCUCGUUGUGUGUUGUCAACAUUGGGGAGACUUAUGUGUGGUUGUAUGCCAGGCUACAGUAAGAAGAAUACCAACAGUUGCAAACUCGAGUCAGCCUGUAAACCUUCAUCUUGCUCUCGAGAUGCUGUCUGUAUGUCAACGGGGCCACAAAAAUUUAAAUGCAUGUGUAAAACUAAUUUUUAUGGAAAGACCUGCAAACCAUUUAAUCCUUGUACACUAAACAACGGUGGGUGCAUAGAAAAUUCUACAAGAUGCAAAUACCAGGGUCCAGGAAGGUCUUAUUGCAGUUGCAAUCCUGGAAUGGUCACCAAAAAUAUAUCUGCUGGAUGCUAUUUUCCCCCCACAUGCAGUAUAAAUGUCUGUGAUAAAAGUGCAAACUGUGAAGUAUCCGCCACUGGUAAAAAGCUUUGUCUUUGUGAAAAUGGAGAGAUUGGAGACGGCAAAGCUUGUUAUGGAAAUAUUUUACAUCAGAUUCAGAUGAUAAAUAUGGAGCCACCAUUUAGGAAGAAAAUAACUGGUGCACUAAGGAUAUUUGAGGAAGGAUGUGCCUUGGCAUUGAGAAAACAUGGCCCUUUCACAAUACUUGUUCCUACUAUGAAAAUACAGGAAAUGAAUGAAACACUUGCAAAAGAAAUAUGCAAAGUUCAUAUAAUUCCUGGCCAGCAUUUGCUAGAGGAUUUAACAGAAACUAGAAAGCUGCAGACAUUGAGUGGCGAUACACUGGAUUUUCCAUCCACUGUCUUUAAGACUAAAGAUGGCAAAUUUUACCAGAUUUUGAAAGCUAAUCAACCAGCAUCCAACGGGGUCAUUCAUAUUAUUAAUAAAGUCAUUAAGGUGGACUCAAAGGAAAAUUAUGGAAACACAAAGAUGACCAUUGGUGACAUUCUUGCUAAAAGAGAAGAGUUUAACAGAUUUGAAACAAUGCUUGAGAACUGUGGGCUUCCCCCAAUAUUAAAUAAUCCAGGAUCUUUUACAGUGUUUGUUCCAACUAACAAAGCUGUGGAUGCAUUAAGAGAUGGGAGGCUAAUCUUUCUUUUCACUCAGGCAAAACACAAACUCUUGGCAUUGGUAAAAAACCAUAUUGUCUCAUCAGCAGCUAUUACAGUAGACAGACUUAUCACAAUGCCAUAUAUUUUGACAUCUGCCAAUGAGGCCUUGCAUGUUAACAUCACUGAAAAUGGGCAAAUUACCUUGGGAGACUCAGGAUCCAUUUUACAACAGAAUGAUAUUAUUGCUUCUAAUGGUAUCAUACAUAUUAUAGAUGAUACUUUAAUUCCUUCAAGUAUUUUGCCAAUUCUACCACAUCAAUGUAAUGAGACACGUUAUGAAAUCAUAAAGGGCACAUGCUCGAGCUGUGAUUCUGUCGCGCCCUGUCCGGACGAUAGCACAGACUUGGGAACAGUUGAAAAAGAAUGCAUUUUACAGGACAGUAAUAACAGUACUUAUGGCUGUGCUAGACUAUGCAAUCAAACUGUUACUGAAAUUGGCUGCUGCAAAGGUUUUUUUGGCCCUGACUGCAAACCAUGUCCAGCAGGAUUUUCUGAACCAUGUUACGGCAGAGGAACUUGCAACGAUGGUAUGAGAGGAAAUGGCAAAUGUCAGUGUUUUGAGAAGUUUAAAGGAACUGUCUGUCACAUUUGCUCCAAUCUAAAUAAACAUGGGCAUGAUUGUGAGGAAGACUGCAAGUGUUUGCAUGGGACUUGCGAUAACAGACCAGGAAGCAAUGGAGUAUGUCAAGGAGGUCGUUGCCUAGAUGGUUACACUGGAAUAUUUUGUGAUCAACACUCAGAACCUUGUGGGAUAUCAAACAUCACACAAAACUGUCAUGUGAAUGCUAGGUGUGAAAUCAUUGAUGGCAGUGAAAGAUGUGUUUGUAGUGAUGAAUUUAAAGGAGAUGGAUCUACAUGUGUUCCCAAAAACCUAUGUGAACAGCCUGAUCGAGGUGGAUGCAGUGAAAAUGGCAUUUGUAUCUAUGUUGGUCCAGGCCAUGCAACUUGCAAGUGUAAUUCUGGAUGGAGCGGAGAUGGUAUUGAAUGCUUACCAAUUGAUAACUGUGCAUUGGAGAGUAGAGGUGGCUGCCAUGAUAAUGCUACUUGCAAUUACAUCCAACCAGGAGAGAAUGACUGCACAUGUAAAAGAGGAUAUGCUGGGGAUGGGUAUUUCUGUGACAUGGUGGAUCUGUGCCUGGAAAACAAUGGCGGCUGUCAUGAUAUGGCUCAAUGCAAACUAGGGAUGAACAGAGAGAGAACAUGCACGUGCCCUGAAGGCUUUGCUGGGGAUGGACUGAUAUGUUAUGGAGACAUUUUAACGGAAUUGAGUAGUAACCCAGAUCUAUACAUCUUUAAUCAGUGGAUAAAGAGUUCUCAGUUGAAAAUCCCGCAAGGAACAAAUGUUACUGCUUUUAUACCUUCUGAUGUGGUCAUUAAAGGGGUUUCUGAAGAACAGAAGAAAUUUUGGCUUGACCCAUACAGAUUGCCGUUUUUAGUAAGGUCUCACUUUCUUCAAGGGGUGUUCACAUCUGAUCAGCUCAAGCUGUACGAUGGAAAGGAAUUAUCCACACUUGACCCACGGACAAAGUGGGAUGUGGCACACAUCAAUGGGAGUAUUACAAUAAAUAAUGCAAGCACUAUAAUAACUGACAUUCCAGCGAUUAAUGGAUUCAUUUUUAUUAUUAACAAGAUUUUGAUACCACCACUGGGAAGUAUCCCUCCUCAAAAGCCAACGUUAACGCAACAACUGAAGCAGAUGCCAGCAUUCAGCAAGUUUAAAGAGGCAAUAGAGAACUUUGGUUUAGCUGAAGAAAUUGAGUCAUCAGAACAGAAGUACACAAUUUUUGUGCCUGGAAAUUCUGCAAUACUGGAAUAUUACAAUGAAUCUGGCAUAGAGCAAAUGGAUAACAACACCAUAAAAUACCAUAUUAUUCUUGGGUUUAAACUUUUGCCUGCAGACUUGAAAAAUGGGAUUCACAAAGACAGCAUGUUAGGAUCCUCCUAUUGGCUCAUUUUCUAUGAAAGGGAUAAUAAGACCUUUGUGCAUGAUGUCCCACUGCAAGGUACUUUUUUUGAAACAAAGAAUGGAAUUCUUAUAGGAAUCUCAAGCGUUCUAAAGAUUCACAAAAACCGAUGUGAUACAAGUACAGAAUUUGUAAAUCAGACAAAAUGUGGCGAUUGUAUGAGAAAAAUAAAGUGUCCCAAAGGUACUACUCUCAAGGAAACAUCAAUAAGAGGCUGUACAUAUAAAAGAAGGAGCAGAAUCACUUUUGGCUGCCUGUUUCAGUGCAUCAGAUCAGAUGAAGUAUCACAAUGUUGUAAAGGAUACUUUGGACAUCAGUGUCUUAUGUGUCCAGGGGGACAAGGCAACUGGUGUUCAAAUAAUGGUAAUUGCACUGAUGGAAUCACUGGUAAUGGAGAAUGCAUUUGUAAAAUGGGCUUUCAUGGUACUGCUUGUGAAAUGUGUGAGCCUGGAAAAUAUGGGAAUGACUGCCAAUCAGAGUGCAAGUGUAAAAAUGGGACAUGUAAUGAUGGAAUACUGGGUGACGGGACUUGCCAGUGUGAGAAGGGCUGGAGUGGCCAUACUUGUGACAGAGAUAUUAAAAAUGAUUUAUGCAAUGACACCUGCGAUAUUUAUGCCAACUGUAUUGUGGAUGCUAAAAACUCUACAACAUGCACCUGCAUUGCUGGAUUCUCUGGUAAUGGGACUCAUUGCUCAGAAAUCCACACAUGUACUGUCAAUCGGGGUGGAUGUUCCCAGUAUGCCACAUGCAAAAGAGUUUCCGCUGGAUUACGAACCUGCACGUGUAUGGUAAACUACACUGGAGAUGGAAUUAUAUGUAAUGAAAUUGAUGCCUGUCUAGAGAAUAAUGGUGGGUGUGAUCGAUUUGCCGAAUGCAUCAAAACUGGACCCAACAAAGUUGCAUGUAACUGUCGUACUGGAUAUGAAGGUGAUGGAAAAAAUUUGUGUAACCCAAUCAACCUUUGCUAUAAGAACAAAGCAGAAUGUAGCCCAUUUGCUUCAUGCAGUUAUGAAGGGCCGGGGGAGUUUACAUGCAAAUGUAAAUCAGACUAUGUUGGCGACGGACGAAAAUGCACAGGAAACAUAGUUCAGGAACUCCGUUAUAACCAACAAACAACUUUCUUUUAUCAAAUGCUUCAGAGUGAGGUGAUCAAAGAUUUACAAGGAAAUGGACCUUAUACAGUUUUCAUACCAGAGCACGAAGUGAUUUAUAACAGCAGCAUGAUUAAAGAAUGGAGGAAUACAAAAUAUUUAAAGAACUUGCUACGCUAUCAUAUGGUUGGAUGUCAGCAGUUGCUACUUAGUGACCUUGCAGAACAAACCUCAUUAACAACAUUAUCAGGUGGAAUUCUUAAUGUGUCAUCAAAGGCCGAUGGUGUAUAUUUAAAUGAUUUAAUUAAAAUCACCCAAAGUGACUUAAUCGCAACUAAUGGUGUUAUUCAUUUAAUCGAAAAUAUUCUAGUUCCAGAGAUUAAAAAUAAUACAAAAACAUCAGAAAAGCAAGCGGAGUUAAAUAUUACUGAAGCUGCAGAGAUAUAUGGGUACUCCAUGUUUAUCAAACUCCUAAAGGAUUCUAAUUUGCUGUCCUUGUUAAAUCUAAAAAUCCAUCAACCUUUUACAAUGUUGUGGCCUACAGAUGAAGCCUUCAAUUCCCUACCUGAGGAGAGGAGGAACUGGUUAUAUCACUCUUCUCACAGGGAUAAACUUGAGGCCUAUCUCAAAGUUCAUAUUAUUAGGGAUACAAAGCUAAUUGCAGCAAAUCUUCCUCAAGCAAAUUCAAUAAGAACAAUGCAUGGAUCAACCAUAUCAUUUGAGUGCAGCAAAAAGAACAUUGGAGAAAUUAUUGUGAAUGAGAAUGAUGCAAGAAUUGUCCAGAGGAAUAUGGAAUUUAAAUAUGGAAUUGCUCAUGGAAUUGACCAGUUAUUAGAACCACCAAAUAUUGGAGCUCGAUGUGAUAACUUUACAGAAAAAGAAAUAGAAAAACCCUUACAAAGAUGCAGUGACUGUGGAAGUUAUCUGACCUGUCCUUCAGGAUCUUAUGAUACUGGGGAGCUAACGUUCUGCGUAAUGAAAAGGCCUGCUUUUCAACAUUCUCACCACAUUUACUCAGGCUAUUCCAGACGGUUUGACCAAUUCUAUCCUAGUUAUAUGCCUUAUAAUUCUAUUGGUUGCUCAAAGAAAUGUGUCACUGUUGUGUGGACACCACAAUGCUGUAAAAACCACUAUGGAUCUGAUUGCCAAGUUUGUCCUGGUGGUCUGGAAAGUCCAUGCAGUGACCAUGGUUCAUGUGAUGACGGAUUGGCAGGAACAGGAACCUGCAAAUGUUCAAAAGGUUUCAAUGGAACUGCUUGCGAAAUCUGCUCCCCGGGCAGAUAUGGGCCAAACUGUGAAGUUUGCAGAUGCACAGACAAUGGUAAAUGCAUUGAUGGAAUAUCCGGUGAUGGAUCAUGUUUCUGCAAUGAAGGAUGGUCUGGUCAGAAAUGUGGAAUCAAGUUAAAUGUUAAACCUGUGUGCUCACCUGCCUGUGAUGAUAAUGGGACUUGUAGAGCAAACAACACAUGCAUAUGUAAUCCUUACUAUGAUGGAGACGGAAGAUCUUGCACAGUAAUUGACAUGUGUAAGGAUCAAAAUGGUGGCUGCAGUAUCCAUGCCAACUGCACACAAGUUGGAGUAGAUGUGUCGUGCAACUGUUUUUCAGAUUAUGAAGGGGAUGGUAUUAUUUGCAGCCCUAUCGAUCUCUGUGCCAAUGGGAACAAUGGUGGAUGCAAUGAACAUGCAACAUGUAUCAAUAUUGGAGCAAACUUGCGUAGAUGUGAAUGCCAUGAUGGUUUUGUCGGUAAUGGAAUACAAUGUCUAGAAAAAGUGAUUCCACCAGUAGAUCGUUGCCUUGAAGAAAACGGAGGAUGCCACUCUCUUGCUGAAUGCACUGAUCUUCAUUUUCAAGAAAAAACUGCAGGUGUGUUCCAUUUACAGUCACCUAAAGGAAAAUAUCAGUUUACCUACAAAGACGCUGAGGACGCUUGUGUGUCUGAGGGAGCUUCUAUAGCCACCUUCAGCCAGCUCUCUGGAGCUCAGCAGAUGGGAUUUCAUCUCUGCCUGGUUGGAUGGCUGAGCAACCAAACAGCCGGCUACCCAACAACAUCCCCUAACCCAAGCUGUGGCUCAGGUCAUGUUGGAAUUGUGGACUACAAACAGCGAAGUAACAUUAAUGAAAAAUAUGAUGUCUAUUGCUUCCGCGAUCAAGAUGUACAGUGCACUUGUGGCUCUGGCUAUGUGGGUGAUGGUAUAUACUGCAAUGGAAACCUCCUUGAAGUUUUGGAAGACAAUUUUCAGUUUUCAGUGUUUUAUUCUUUGUUACUUGAUUAUGCCAAUGCUACUGACAAAGGGGUAGAAUUUCUUGACUUCCUUUCCAAUGGAACCUUCCCCAAAACUUUAUUUGUCCCAGAGGAUGGUAGCUUUGAGAAAAAUGUGACUUUAACAUGGCGGGACCUGGAGCAUCACGUAUCUGACGUAUUUCAGAAUUACGCAAAUCUCACUAACAGUAGUGUUCUGGUUUCUAAACUAGGAUACAACCUUUCCAUUUCUGAUCACACCUCAGCAAACUGCAAUGCUACCUCAUGUCCUAAGGUUGUAAAUAACAAGGUGAUUGUUAGCUGGGAUAUUCCAGCCUUUAAUGGAAUUAUUCAUGUGAUAAAGGGACCCCUUAUUGCACCACUUGUUCAGGAAGCACGUAAAGAUCCAAUAAAUCAUCCAAUAACUAUGGGAGUGGUUGCGUCAUUGGUGACUGUAUUUAUUGUCAUUGCUGUUACUGCUGGCUUCUUCUAUUACAAGCAGCAAAAUAAAGGAUUUCGAUUCAGACAGUUUAAGGCUGAAGAAGAUGAAGAUGACACAUACAUAAAUGGAAAUGUGAAUCCCCCACUGGUAUCCAUACCGAACCCAGUUUAUGGAGCAAGCAAUGCUUUUUUUGAGCCAUUUGAAGAUUCUUUUGAUGAUAAAGAUAACCAAGAUGUUCUCAAACUAUUUCAUUGAUAUUUGUGACAAAAGAAAUAUUAACAAGAAUUUAUUUGGAAACAAGAAAAAUGAUCUGCCGUGCAUUUGGAUUGUCAUCUUGUGAAUGUUUCGCGGGUCACCUACACAACAUACGUUGUACUUCUUAUUACCCAGAAUUCUUAAAAGCCAUAGAAGCAUUUUUUUAAUAAUUUUAAUGAUUUCUUAUGUGCAAAAACUGGCAAAUGACCUUUCUGGUGACUUGAGAUUUAUUACUAAAUAGGAAUCAUUUUGUAACAGAGCAAAGAUAAACUGUUUAGCGAUAAUUGAAAAGCUUUAUUUAAAACAUGUGAUGAUUCAUUUUAAAAAAAAUAAGGUCAGAUAUGUUAUAUCCAAAUUUCCAUAGACUGAUCACAAGCAUGUCAUUUUAACCAAUCAAACACUGGAAUCAUUGUUUACAUAGUGAAUGAUUUCAUAAAGCAACCAUGGUCUAUAUGUAUGAUAAGAAAGAGUAAAUAAGUAAACUCUAUGAGAAUACUGUUGUAAUUAUAAUAAAUGACAAAGAUUAAAAA